AUGGCAACCCAACAAUCUAGCAGCUCGGUGUGCAGAGGACAACGCACUCUGGGUGCCCUAAGGCAUCUCUGGCGGCUGUCGCAGCUCACACAGAGCCCGUCUUCUCCACCUCCGCUUCCCCAGACGACCCCAGAACGCCUCGCAUCUACUUCGGAGAAAACAAUCCUCUACUUGGCCUACGGGUCAAACCUCUCUGCAGAAACCUUCAAAGGAGCUCGAGGCAUCAAGCCCAUUUCCUCAGUCAACGUACAUGUACCUUCUCUCGACCUCACAUUCGACCUUGCCGGCAUCCCAUACAUCGAACCUUGCUUUGCCAACACAAGGUGGCGGGAUCAAAAUGCCCCUCCUUCCGACGACGAUUACCACAAAGACCGAUGGCAUAAGGGUCUGAUUGGCGUUGUAUACGAAGUCACGCCUGAAGACUACAGAAUCAUAAUCGCCACGGAAGGCGGAGGAGCAAGCUACCAAGAUGUCGUAGUUCCGUGCUAUGCUAUACCACCUGGAACCUCGGAAGUGGAUCCCUUACCAAGUGGCUCACCCUUCAAAGCCCAUACUUUAUUACAACCUACGGAUGACGAGAGCAAUCGGAUCAGGACACGAGCUGGCAGGAUUCACAGGCCUGAUCCGAGCUACGCGCAAGCUUCGGCUAGAUAUCUGAAGCUCAUUACAGAUGGAGCAGAAGAACAUUCUCUUCCUGAGGAAUAUUUACAUUACCUGCACAAUAUCAGACCCUAUACAAUCACAACGAGGAGGCAACACUUGGGACAAGCGUUCAUAGUUGGGUUUUGGUCGCCUUUGAUCCUGGCGCUGUUUGGAUUGGGUAAACUCUUCGCAGAUGACGAAGGAAAGAUUCCAGCGUGGUUGGCGUCCAUCAUGGGGACCGUUUUCACUAUCAUGUGGAUGAGCUAUGAUAAGUUGUUAAAGCCUGCUUUUGGAGAUGGGGAGAGGACGAUGGGUGAUGACGAUGAGGAGAAAUGUCGGACGGUGAAGUGGUGCGAGAAGAGUGUUGUUUUGGAGUAA